ACCGCCGGACAGAUAGGACAUAAUUAAACUCCGCUCUGCAAGACAUUACAACCUUCCUCGGUCAUUAGUUAGUCCUCGUCACUCAGAUUGUAAGCCGAGGGGCAGUUUUCAAGGAAGCCUUUCUCAAGAUCACACAAGUAGAGAAAACCAUGCAUACAACAGCUGUAAAAAGGCAUAUAUUGUCGGAGGGACCGGAGCUGAAAGUCAAAAAGUCCAAAUUACAGGAUAAAAUUCUCACAACAGAAUUGUCAGAAGAAUGUUGGAUUGAAAAGUACCAUGGAAGAACAAAUAUUAAAACUUCAGAAUCAACACACAAAUUUAGCGAAGAGGAUUACCCUGAUUUUACCUUCACUGAUACAGACUCCUUGGAGACAACAUUUUCCCCAGGAAGUCCAGAAGAAUUUCCUACCCUUGUUCAAUCCCCCUGUCCAGUCGAUCUGACCUAUCAUAAAGCAGAUAGUCCUGAAUCUCUUAAGAAUUCCUCUAAAUCUCUACCAGAAUCGGAAAUGCGCAGAAGACGACUUGCAGCAAAUGCACGAGAAAGGCGGAGAAUGGAUUUAUUAAACCGUGGAUUCGAUCGGUUACGUCGUGUACUGCCAGGGCUAGGUCCCCAACAUCAGCUUUCCAAAUAUGAAACUCUUCAGAUGGCGCAGUCCUAUAUAGCUGAGUUGGCCGGCCUCCUGAAGUAGCUAGAAAAUAUGCGCAUUAACCAGUUUUGGUUAAAUUUAAACCGUUUGUGCCAUCUUCCUAGAAUCCAGAGUAAAAACAUGAAAACCGAAAAAAACUAAUCGCUGUGAUAUAUG